GGCGGAAAUCACAGUUCUAGUUUGGCUUUCCUGGCUUGACAGCUGUCACUGUACGCCGAGGUCAAGGGGAAAGAAGCAUGGCUGCGUUGUUUAGAGGGUCGCGAAAUGUAUUUUUAAGGUGGAACAAGCAUGUCGACCUUGCCUUCGUGUCAUCACGAUCAAUGGCCUCAAAAACACCAGUGGGGUUUAUUGGUCUGGGAAACAUGGGCAGUCCCAUGGCCAAAAACCUGUUAAAAAAUGGUUAUCCUGUUAUUGCCACUGAUGUCUUCCCUGAGUCUUGCAAGGAGCUGCAGGACACUGGUGCCCAGGUAGUAGACUCUCCAGCAGAUGUGGCGGAGAAAGCAGACCGCAUCAUCACAAUGCUACCCUCCAGUCCCAACGUCAUAGAAGUCUACACAGGCCCAAAUGGCAUCCUCAAGAAGGUGAAGAAGGGAACGCUGCUGAUUGACUCCUCCACCAUCGACCCCGCAGUCUCAAAAGAGAUGGCAGCAGCUGCAGAGAAGAUGGGGGCUGUGUUCAUGGAUGCCCCAGUUUCAGGAGGUGUUGGGGCUGCCAGUCUGGCCAAACUGACCUUCAUGGUAGGUGGCGUGGAGGAGGAAUACAACGCUGCGCAGGAGCUGCUCACCUGCAUGGGAGCCAACGUUGUCUACUGUGGACAGGUUGGCACUGGACAGGCAGCUAAGAUCUGCAACAACAUGCUCCUGGCCGUCGGGAUGAUUGGGACCGCAGAGACCAUGAACCUUGGCAUCAGACUGGGUUUGGACCCAAAGCUGCUGGCAAAGAUCCUCAACAUGUCCUCAGGUCGUUGCUGGUCCAGCGACACAUACAACCCAGUCCCCGGCGUCAUGGAGGGAGUCCCCUCUGCCAACAAUUACCAGGGCGGCUUUGGAACCACACUAAUGGCCAAGGAUCUUGGUUUGGCUCAGAACACUGCCACCAACACUAAGACACCCAUCCCUCUGGGUUCCCUCGCCCACCAGAUCUACCGAGUCAUGUGCUCCCGCGGCUACGCUAACAAGGACUUCUCAUCCGUCUUCCAAUUCCUACGUGAGGAGGAAGGACAGUGAAUGGAGGGGGAUGUUACCACACACACACACACACACACACACACACACACACACACACACACCACAACCACACACCCCAGUGCCCCUUAUCCCACUAUGCUCAGGAGAGACUAAGGCCUUGCACAGAUCUGCGAUGCAAUUAACAUACUGUAUGUCGACACAUGUCCCCUUCUCAUUGCAUUAGCUGAAUCAUAUUUCUAAUUCACAGCUCUCCCUCUGCAAGGGGGGAAAUGCUAAAACUGACCUUAGAUCAGUAUCUAGAGACAAAGCAACUCUCUUCCCAGUCUGAGACUGAGAGGCCCAAGUGGAAAAUGAGAGGUAGGGUGAGGCGGUGCAGGUUCAUGUGUAACAAUGCAAAUAAUGUGUUUUUUCAGGAUGAUUGAUGAGUAAUAACUGCAUGAUUGUUAAAAGUUAAAGUAUGUUUGUUUUUGUCAGGUUUGUGCUUUUUGCCUGUUACCCAAAUGACUCUGACCUGUCCCUGUAAAAUGAAAGAACAGAAACAAAAUCAUUGAAGAGACAGUGCAAGAGAGUGCAGAGUUUAGGUUACCCUUUUACUACUGGAAAAAACCUCAUAUUCAUAUACAUAGCACUACAUGUAACGUAACCAAAACUGGCCACCCAGUGGGCUCAAAGGGUUAGUCACUUACGUGUCACCUGAGUCAUCCUGCCAGCACACAUACUUUAAUUUGUUGAUUUCAUUUUUCAUCAUCCAGUUUAUUUUUUACCUUGUGAAUACACUAGAGUUACAGUAGUUUGAUUUAUUUGGUACAUUUAACACAAGUCGCCAUUUACUGGAUUGGCCAGUUCUGCUUGUUUAAAUACUGUGAUAUAUAUCUGGUUAUUUUUGCACUGUGUGCAUUGCAGUGCGAUGUGCCGGGCCAUUUUGAUACGGUUACAGAAUCUCUUUGAACUUACCUCUCUUCUCUACUGUAUACAUCUGCUUAUUGAGCCACUGGAGUAUUAUUCUGUGACCAACACUGUUUAGAUUUUAUACUGUUGUUCUCACUGUCUUGCACUUUCUCUGCCUGUUUUUACUUUAAUUAAAGUCUGUCCUCACAUAUACUCUUCCCUCUGUCUCUCUCUCAGCUUGUACGACAGCCGUGUAAAGUGUAAGCAAGAAACCGUUCCUCCUUGCUCUGAGCAAAUGUACAUAAUGUAUAUUUCAUAUUGUUGAGUAGUGUUGAAGAGGAAUCUAAAUGGACGGUCACUUUUUUUUUAGUAAAAUUCAUUAAUAGUGUCUACAGUUUGUCUUUGCUCUGUGAAAAAGAAUCUCAGUCACACUGUAACCUGAAAUAAAACAUGUUCUGUGUA